CGUGCGCGUCAGAGAAGAAGCGUGUGGAAAUUCUCAGGCGUUUUUGAACUGUCAGUAAUUACACAACGAUGAAUCAUAACGUCUAAAUUAUCGCACAAGAGGAAUUCCCAGCCUUUCUUGCAGCAGGAAUGAGAAGGCAGACGGCCGCGGAUUGUUGAAGGCGCUGGGUGCGGGUUGUUUUGGUUCGGUGAGGCCGGGGUGUUGUGUUUCAGUGCCGCGAUGAUCCGGCUGGCUCUGCUCCGCGCGCUCGUGGCCCGCCGCACCGGACCGGCUCAGCUGCACCAGCGGUUUCUCGGUACGCACCGGCGCAAGAUCAAACCGGAGCAGCUGGAGCUUCCGAACCAGGCGCGGGAGUUCGUGUACGGCCUGAGCCCGGCGACCCGGAGCUGCUUACUGAAGGAGCUGCAGAGCUUCCAGUCCCAGACCCAAGACUCGGAGGAAUCGUCUCCGCCGACGUCAGCGCAGCUCCGAUACAUUCUCCUGCACAACGCCAUUCCCUUCGUCGGCUUCGGCUUCCUGGAUAACGCCAUCAUGAUCGCCGCCGGCACUCAGAUUGAACUGUCCAUCGGAUUGACGCUGGGAAUAUCCACCAUGGCAGCGGCGGCUCUGGGGAACCUGGUGUCUGAUCUGGCUGGACUCGGUUUAGCAGGUUACGUGGAGGCUCUGGCUGCACGCUUUGGGAUGCAGAUUCCUGAUCUCACACCGAAACAAGUGGAUAUGUGGCAGACCAGAGUCACUUCACACAUGGGUAAAGCCAUAGGCGUCGCUAUCGGAUGCAUUCUGGGGAUGUUUCCGUUGCUCUUCUUAAGCGAUGAUGAGGAGGAGAAGAAGGAGAAGAAGAAGGCGAAGAAUCAUCCGAACUCAAACUGACAGGCUUUUCUAUCAGCAUGACAACAACAUUUAUAUUGGCAAAGUGAAGAAAAUCAAGCAAAAGAACAAAAGUUCAUACGGUAAACAUCAUCAGAGUAAUGAAAAAAAAAUCAUUAAACAGUAGAGAGUAGCUAUUACAAUUAGUAGGUAGUUAAGAGUUUAAUCUAGAGAUGAAGACUAGAUGUUAUAAUGAGCAUGAGUUGCGUUUCGCUCUUUAACACUAUUUUAAAGGCCUGUUCAUUAAAGGAACGAUAACUCUUAACGAUAGUUUAAUUCGUUUUAAUAAUCACUCCACACUACAAUUAUAACGAUAUCGACACAGCAGAACGAAUCCAUCCUGCGUUAAAGUCAAGCACUUUAUACAUUCAAAGCAAGAAAAUAACUAAUGCAAAACUCAUCAAUUAUGAAACGAAUCCAAAAGCAGCUCUAGAGAAUACAAUAGAGUCAUAAUUCAGAUCAAUUCUGUUCUCAUCUGAUAUCGUCAGUGCUGUUAAAUCUAUGAUAAUACUGAAUAUUAAUUCUGUUCAACCUAAAUAUCGUUGUAGUUAUGAUUCUUGUAGUGAACGAGCCUCUUUUGAGCUUUCUAUUGUUUGUUUUCACUAAUAUCUUGACUGCUUUCUUGUUCCUGUAGAUUUUAGCAGCAUGUUUUUCUGUGUGUUUAGAGAAGAAUGAAGUUUUAGUUUAGUUUGAAGUGACCGUCGUCCAAGAUUAACUCGCAUCUGAACAAAGAUUUCGGAACAUUUACUGGAGAUUAAUAUUUUUAAACCGUGUUCUGUAUUAUAUCUUUGCAGCAUCAUAAAGCAAAAGCUUGUUUUACUCCGGUGUGUGUUAAUCUUGGACGCUGUUAUAGUUAAAUAUCAAUAUGAUUUCGACUGGAAUUAGUUUUAUUCUGGACAGCACAAGCCUUUUUACACUCGUACAUGAGCAUGUGACGUUCUGCACUCCCAUCAUGCAUCUGAGACGUAAACUAAACCUCGCUGAGCUGCUGGGUCGUGACGUCAGAUGAACCCGGAGCCCUCGUGCAUCAUGGGUUUCCUCAGAAAUGUGUCAAAACUCAACGAAACGCAGUAUGUGAUUAAGUUCGCUUGUGUUUUAAUCAGUUCAGUGCCGGGUUUCUGUGGCUCUUAAUUUGCUUUUUCACAAAUUAAGGCCUAAAAAGCUUUUAAAUCGGAGCAGAAAGUCUUGAAUUCUUAAAUUCAUGGGUAUAAAUGUUGCAUGCAUUGCAAAAAAUGAAUAUUUAUCUAAACAUCCUUAAAUCAAGAUACAUUUACUGGAGAUGUAAAAUGAACACAUAUGUGACCCUGGAGCACAGAAGCAGUCAUAAGCAGCACAGCUAUAUUUGUAGCAAUAGCCAGCAAUACAUUGAAUGGCUCAAAAUUAUCAAUUUUUCUUUUAUGCCAAAAUUUCCUACCAUAAAUAUAUCAAAACUUCAUUUUUGAUUAGUAAUAUGCAUUGCUAAGAAUUUCAUUUGAACAACUUUAAAGGUGAUUUUCUCAAUAUUUAGAUUUUUUUGCACCCUCAGAUUCCAGAUUUUCAAAUAGUUGUCAAAUAGUUUAAAAAUAAUCUAAAAAAAUUACCCUUAUGACUGGUUUUGUGGUCCAGGGUCACAUAUUAAGUCCUGUUUUCCUUGAAAUUGAACAAAAUGAAGUUUUUUCCCUUUGAAUUAAUGAGAUUUUUCUGAGCCCAUUGGCAGAUAUUUGUUCGUUUUGAUCGUGAAAUCACUUUAUUUUGAUCAGUUUCUCAGAAAACAAGACUUUGUAUAAAGUGCACUGCAAAACAAGACAGAAAUACUGAGGAAGAGCAUCGGUUUACUGAAGUGUGAUCAGAAGGUUCAGUAAAUGUUUAUCUGUUGAAAGUUGUAUUUUCAAACUUUGAAGUAUUAUUAAUUUGCAUUUAGAGACCGUAUUGACAUGCUGCAUUCAGUUUAUCCCUUAAAUCUUCUUACAUUUUUCUUUACCUUCAUAAAAUCUGCGUAAACCCUGUACCUGCUAAUAUGCAUCACUCAAAUAUGAUUAAAUACAUAUUUAUUUUUUCUUUCAAUAGUGCCAAGUUAUAAUCACUCCAAUCCAAGUCAUUGUGAAUGAAUGAUCGACAGGGUCAUGUAUGAAUGUGCCAGAAUGAAGGAGUUUGUCUUCACAUCAAAAAACAAAACAUAAUAAUAAUAAAUAAAUAAAAUGCAUUUAAAAAAUACAAUAAAGUAAAAUAAACAAAUUCAUUACUUAAAAAAAACAUUAACUUAUACUAAACACUAAAACUAUAUAGAUAUAUUAAAAAAAUAAUAAUAAAAUGACUAAAACGCACAACUAAUUUUAACUAAAAAUGUAACAAAAUUAAGCUCAAAAUUAAGUUUGUUAAAGCGCUAUAAUAACUAAAGCUUAAUGAGAAAAAAAAAAAAAUAAUAAUAAUAAUAAAAACGCACAACAAAAUUACUAAAACUUUAACUGGAAUUUUAAAAUAAAUAUUGAAAUAAAAUAUUAUUAACUAUAAAGGUCUUUGCACACAGAGUCUGAAAUUUCGUCACGCAUGGAAACCAGAGGCGGACGAAGUACACAACUCCAUCACUUGAGUGAAAGUACAGAUACUGCUGGUCAAAUAUUACUCCACUACAAGUGAAAGUUGUAAAGACAGAAUUUUACUUUAGUAAAAGCACAGAGGUACUUGCUUUUAAAAGUACUUAAGUACCAAAAAUAAAUGUCUUUUUAUGUCAAUGCACUGUUUUAUUAUUGUUGUGUGUAAUACUUGCAAUACCUCUGAAGCAACUUACAAUACAUUACGCUUACUGAAUACAUAUAUAAUAUAAUUUUGUGAGGAGACGCACAAGAGUUUUUCUGUGGUUUUAUAAGUAAUAAUUUAAUUUACACGAGUUGGCAAAAUAAGAGGUUACACUUUAUUUCGACGGUCCACUUUAGACAUUCUACUAACUAUAAGUAACUUUGUAACUACAUGUCAGCUAAUUCUCAUUAAUGUGCAACUACAUGUCUACUAACUCUCAGUAGGGAAGGUUUAGGGUUAGUAGAAUAAGUUGACACAUACUUGCAAAGUUUCUGAUAGUAUGUUGUGGACCCAUCAGAAUAAAGUGUUAGAAGAUAUUAAUCAGAAAGUCUACUAAUACUCUAAUGACUGCUAGCUGACAUGUAGUUACAAAUUUACUUACUGUUAGUAGAAUGUCUAAAGUGGACUAUCGAAAAAUGCUGGGAAAUCACUUUACGUAGCCCUACAAUAGUGAUUAGACUGUCUGGAAAAAAAAAAAAGUUAAGUUUUAGAGAAGAAAAUAAUUCAUCUAUUGGCUUUCAAAGCUGCUACAGUAAUGACUUUCUACUUCGGGACCUUGACGGAAAUAUAGUGGAGUGAAAAGUACGAUAUUUGUCUUUCAAAUGUAGUGAAGUUAAGGUCAUAAGUUUCCAGAAAAAAAUAAUACUUGAGUACAGUAAUCAAGUAAUGUACUCCGUUACCAUCCGCCUCUGACAGAAACCUUGCACACUGAGUCAAAAUGCAAAAAAUGCAGAAUAUCGAACCCAAUCCCAAUUUUUUUUAUUUUUUACCAUGGACUAAAGUUUCGGAGGCAGUGUGUUAACGUGAUUGAAACAAGGCGUGGUCGUAUUUAUUUUUUAGCAUGCAAAAAUUUCAGACUCUGUGCAAAGACUUUAAAGUGCCCCUACUAUGGGUUAUGAAAGGUUCAUAUUUUCCCCAACAACAGGUUGACAUGCAUGCGAGGUCAAAAAACACUUUCAUUGUCUUCCACUAUAGAAAAGUGAAGCCGGGUCCGAUUGGUCAAUUUCAUUUCUAUUUCAUAAAGCAGUGUUUGUGAGUGCGGUGCUGCUUUGUGUACAGCGUUACCAGGGAAACCGCUAUUUUUAACGCUCCAAAAGCGGCACCUAGUGGCAAAGAAUGAAUUUGCAUUUUCAUUCAGACCAACGCGAAAAGACCAACAAGUGGGCGGACAAUAUGCUAAUGUUUCAUGUUGACGUCAACAUAAAACGGCUUGGGAUUCGUUUUAAAAACGACUUGUUUCAAUGAUUCAGAGUCGACUCUUUCUUUUGGGAGACAUAACUUUAUACACUGUGCACUUUCAGAUUUAAAACUUUGCAGGAUGUUUUCAUUCAGUUAGAGCUGCGUUACACACUGCAUGAUCUUCAAAAAUCCAUAAUAGGGGCACUUUAAGUAUAAAAUAAGACUGAGGCAGGUGGAAUCAGACGUGCAUAUGAAUGUUAGUAAUGCUCUCAGUCCUGAAGGAAACCCAUGAUUCCUCCGGGUUCAGAAGUUGGACGUCUCGAUCUCGACUCAUGAGUGCCUCUGUAGUUCCUGUAGCAGAUGAUUUCUGAUGUGCUCAAAUGACAUUGAUGUAAAGAUGUCGAUCUCAUGUAGAUUUGCUGUUAUCGGCCGUUCGGACGCGGAAACGCCGUUUGAACAGAAAUACCUCUGCAGUGAUGUUUUAGUAGUUUAAUGAUCAAAAGAUUCUGGGCAAUGUAUCAAGAAUAUGCCCCAAAAAAUGUGUUACUAAUUUUAGUGUAUACUUAUUAUUGGACACUAUGCAUUCUAAUAAAUAUUCAUGUAUAUAUAAUUAUUGCACAGCUGUCUCUGGGUAGUGGACAUGUAGUCUAUUUUACAGUAUUUUGCAAAUUCUAUGAUUAUUUUUGAGAGACUACAUGGAAUAUUUGUACUUUUAUAACUUCAUUUGUCACUCCGCAGAACUAUUGAAGUGAACCGUAAGUUCAAACACGGAGUAUAGGUUUUGUUCAAAAAUAUUGAUCAAUGUAAUUUGUGAAUGUGCUUUUGUGAACAUGAAGCUCUAAAUGUCAUGUUGUUGCUUUAAUUUUAAUGAACUCAUAUGUGUUGAAUUGGUUUCAGUUAUUAGAUCCAGAUUCUGUUUAUAUUGGGUAUUUCACAGAGAAUUGUUCAAAUGAAUUACACUUUAUGUGGAUAUACACUUUAAAUGGUAACACUUUACAAUAACAUUAACAUGAACUAACAAAGAAAAUACUUCUAAAGUGUUUAAUAAUCUUAGCUAAUAUUAACAGAAGCAACUUUUGGAUUUAAUAAUGUAUUGGUAGAUGUUUAACAUUAUUUAGCUAAAUGAACAGUAAAAACAUACAUCAACAAAAGUAUAAGUCAUUGUUAGUUAAUUUUAGUUCAUGCAUUAACUAAUUGGAUCUUGUUGUAAAGUGUUACCGAAUUAUAAAUGAAAUAAACAUCCCCUGAAGUUUUCACACUGCAACGGAUUUUAAUAAAAUGCCUUUAUUGACAAUAUAAAAAUCA